UAUGAUUUGCAUUUGCCACGUUAUGUGUGCCAAACAUGCCUGCAGCAGUGGGCCCCUGAUGUGAGAGACCUAGUCAGGAGUGGAUAUUGGCCAGCUUCUGCAAAUGCUUCCACAAUCUACACGGUGGACCUCCUCAACACCUUUCAGGAGCUGAAGUUGAUCUCACCUGGAUUCUCCAGGCAAGCCCUUGCAAAAAUGCUGGAACAUCGCACACUGUGUGCAGGAAGAUCUGGACAGAUCAACGGGGAUGCCCUGCAGAGGAGCUUUCUUGAGUUUGCAUACGCCUCCUUUGAGAAAGACCAGCUCUGCUGUGAUACCCCUUUCACCUGCCCUGCCUGCACACCUGAAAUGGUAGCAGUGUCAGCAGAUGGCAACAGGAAGCUUUAUCGCUUUGGCCAUACUGGAAGAUCUAAUGACACUCCCUUUUUUGAUGGGCUAUUUCUAGCCAAAGACAGUGAGGUGUCUGAUUUUGUCAACACAAUACAGAUGGCGGUGAAGAAUAUAAAGGGGAGAGGCACAUGUGGAGACUCUCAAUGGGCAGCAGCAAGGGAGACCUCUAGGCGGGCCUCUAAACUGGAUGAGGAAGGCGUUGAGGUUGCGGUGUGUCGGCAUGGCUUCCUUUUAAAAGCCCUUAACAUGUACCGAGGAGAGAUAUUUGCGUAUCCUAUGUAUCUCCAAAGGGAGCUUCUCCCAAGCAAGGCACAGUUUUUUGCUAUGGAUGUGGCAUGCAAAUACUGGCCAUACCUACAAAAAGUUGCUUCGGUCAUUCCAGCUCUCAAGAGCCUCACAGAAAUGAAGCCCUUCCUGAGCAUCAUGCAUGCAAGAGCUCAUGCUACCAAGUGUGAGAUAAAAUGGAGUGGUCGGAAUCAGAAGGGAGCAGGCACAACUGCCGGUGAGGAGGUGGAGCAAAUAAACAGCUACCUCUCCCGUUGUGCCCUGACAACAAAGUACAUGUCAAAAGCAGCACGUGUGGACAUGCUCACUGUGCAUGCAAUGGGUUGGAACCAUCACAAAGCAGAGACGCUACACAAGGCCCUCUCCACAAGAUAUGUGAAGACAUCUAAAAGGGCAGAAGAAGAGGCAGAGAGGCUGUCACAACUGCAGAAGGACCUGCAGUGCUCAAAUGCAAUGGCUGUACAGUGGAUUGCUGAAGUCAAGGAAUGGGCAGAGAGCGAGACCCCAGUAACGGGUCUGCACGUUCUCCAGCAGUCCAUUGAGGGUCUCCAUCUGGGUCUAAAGCAACAGAAACAAACCCUCUACCGUCAGAAUGACAGCAACAAGCUUCGCCAUCGUCUCCGAAGAAAGUUGACGGAAGACAAAAAGCGCCUUCUCCAGGAGAUUGAUAAAUACAACAGUCUUGUUGCAGACCUCUCCAAAAGGAUUGAUGUGGCCUUGGUUGACCACUCUUUGGCUGGACAGAGCACUGGCGCAAUAUGGCCAUGGGAGGACUAUGGCAGUGUAACAAUCGGGGUCAAGAAACGACUGCACGACCAGGAAAUGCUGAAAACACGGCUGGAAGAGGAGCUCCCUAUCCUGGUGUUGGAGAUGGCCCAGCACUGUACGUGGUUGCAGAACCUGGGAGUGGCCCUCAAGACGGAGCUUGCAAGAUACGAAGAUGAAAAUGGACUUCACUGUCUCUUGGCAAGAAGACUUGCGGAAGUGGAAGAACGACAUCAAAUGGUCCUGCAGCGGUAUAAGACUGCUCUAGGUCCAUUGGCCUCUGUCCUCCUUGAUGUUUGUGAGGAAGAGGAAUGUGAUCCGAUGGGCCUGGUCAGUCCAGACACCAGCGAGGAUGAGGAAGAUGCAAGAGAACAAGCAACUUAGUUGAUGGUGUGGUUUCGUGCCUCGCUUGAUGUACACAAAUGAUCAUUGUUAUUGCUAUGUUUAAAAUAAAAAAAUAAAAA